AUGUGCACUCAAAUGACAGAAACAUAUCCCCCUCCCAGCUACAGCCCGGGAGACUACAACACCUUCUUGCCACCAUACUAUCCUUCUUCGACAGACACUUACACGACUACAACUCCAACGGGAUCCUUCUCGUCUGAUCAAUCCGCCUACGACACACAAUACACCUACGCCACCCAAUAUUCCCAAUUUCCACCAGAAGCAUCGAAAAGCCUCGCCGAGGCAUACACCUAUACCACUCCUCCCCAGCUCUACACCUACGCCAACCUCCCCCCUCAACCUCUCUACUUCGACCAGCAAUCUCCCUUCCCCUGGACAGCCUCGCAAGCCAGCGCAGAGACUCUACAUAUAAACCCCCAAUCUCUCACAGCACCAGCCUCCAAAGCACCAUCCCCGCACGGCACAGACUCCCAAACAGACUCCCUCAAACGGCAGCGCUACCUCCAGAAAAACCGCGCGGCGGCCACGAAAUGCCGCUCCAAGAAAAAGCAGUACAUCCAGCAACUGCAAUCCCGGUUCGAGGACCUGGCGCUUGCGAAACGCGAGCUGCAGUGCCAGGUGCAGAGUCUGCGGGAUGGGUUGAUCUCGCUGAAGGAGGAGUUGAUACGAAAACGUCAGAGAGCAGGCUCACCAGGUGGUACCCAGAAAGACGACAGUCUCCUACAAUCACCAUCAAAUCAAUCGUUGCCCAAGGUCAGCUUACCGCGGAUCAUCACGGCAAAGCCUCGGACCCGUCGAGCGACCAGGGCCUGUAUCAAUUGCAGGGAGCAAAAGGCAAAAUGCACCGGGGGAUCGCCAUGUGAGAGAUGCCGCGAGUUGAAAAUCGAGUGCGUGUUUGUAGCUAGCAAGAAUGAGAAGGUCGCGAGACGUCUACAGGAUCUCGAGCAGCGGGUGAAGGAAUUCUACCGUCUGCUGCGGCGCAUUCAACCGAGCGCCGAUGCUAGGGACCAACCAUUGAUCGCUAAGGCUCUGGAAAAGGAGACGCCUCCUGGAAGUCUUAGUCCGAGCAGCGAUCUAUCGACCGACGUUAUUACCCGCCUCGUAACCCCGUCCACCGAUCCCGUCGAGGAAGACUUCAACAAGGACAAGACAACUCAGGCGACAGGAUUUAUCGGUGCACACUCGGGGAGGUCAUGGCUGCAUCAAUUGAAGCGGAAAGGGCUCCGGCAGAAUGCCUCUUGGUUAGGUCCAGAAACUCCAGACGGCUUCUUUGCAGACUCUAUCGGCUCCGUCAAUUAUUUUCUGGACGAUCAGGACCUGUCGGUUGAUCUCUCGGUGCAGCCAUUCGCUAUCCCCCCGCAAGAUGUCGCAGACGAACUUCUCGAUACUUACUUUGACAUGGUGCAUCCUGGGUUCCCGAUCGUCGGCAAAACAGUAUUUUUACACCAAUAUCGGCGGAUAUACUCUGAGGCUCAAUCCAAGCCACCAAAAAAAUGGCUGGCUAUUUUCAACUUGAUCCUUGCCAUUGCAGCGCAGCACUUGAGCUUGACUUAUCUCGAUGAGACAGAUGAAUGGCACGACCCAUCGAUAUACUUCUCCCGGGGAAGCAAGCUGGGAUUGGCUGAUACUCCUUUGAUUCCUCACCCUGACAUCCAACAAGCUCAAGUCGAAGGACUUGCUGCAUUCUAUCUGCUGACCAUUGGCCAAGUGAAUAGGGCUUGGAGAAUAUCCGGCACGGCAACUCGUUCCGCCAUCGCUAUGGGUCUUCAUCUCAGGAGUGUUAGCAAAGAUACCUUGGACAUCUCGAAAGAGCUUCGUUGUCGAGUUUGGUGGUCAAUCUUCGUUCUCGAAACUACUCUGUCAGUCAUGACGGGUCGGCCGUACAGCGUGGCGAAUCAGUUCUGCACGGCGCCAUUGCCUCUUCCAUUUGACGAGGAGCAGUUUCGGGAUGCAUCUGUUGCUCGCUUGCUCGCGGAUUCGAAUGCUCGAAGUGCUCUUUCCAAAUCCCUGCUGUCCACAGCGGCUCGGGAUUCCAGAACCGACCUUCCCUCGGUCAUGCCGUGCAUGUCGCUCUAUUUUCUGUUCACGGUUGAAAUAGCUCGGAUUAUGCGAUGUGCAAUCAACCUGCUUUAUGCUCCUGCGACCACCAGGUCGAGCAGCUAUUCAGUGGAAAAGGCCCUUGAAGAGCUUAUCUCGACCAUCAAUUCCCUGCAAACGAAGCUGCCCAAGCCAUUCCAGUUCAGUCGCGCCCAGGAGGACACGACAUUCGAGACGCAGCGAUGGUGCCUUGCUUUUCAGUUCUAUAGCGCGAAAAUGACGAUUGCCCGGAUCGCUAUUCACCGAUGGGAGCGAAGUGGUCAAGCUACAAGCCCCUGGUGGAAGGAGAUGUCAGAAAUCUGCACCAACGCGGCCUGCAAUAUGCUCUCGCAGUUGCCCGAUGAGCCUGACAUCAUCUGGCUGGGUCGCAUUGCUCCCUGGUGCUGCAUAUUGCAUGAUCUCAUGCAGGCGCUCACUGUGCUAUUGAUCGAGCUGGAUUCUCGCAUCAAGCACGGAGCCAAAUAUCCAGUGCUAAUUCCAAGAUACAUACAGAAAGGAAUGCACUGGCUUCUAGCCAUGGCUUCUCGGCAUGCUGCUUCAGAGCGAGCGUGGCAGAUCUGUCAAGAUCUCUACCUGCGCCUUACUCCCGCCAUGGCGCCCUUGGCUCUUCGUAAUUGA